GUAAGACGAUCCCGCCGCCCAAAGCCAUCAGCAAUCCUUAGCGUAGGGGCACACUCAUGCAUUCCUGUCAAGUCAUCUUGUGAAAGGCUGCCUGCUUCCCGCUUGGCUUGGAUGUGCAACCUUAAUAAAACUCACUGAGGUCUGGGAGAAAAUAGCAGAUCUGCAGCAGAUACGGUCGAGGCAAGAGUCUAGAAUAUGUACGCGCAGCUGACUCAGGCAGGCUCCACGCUGACCGGUUACACAGAGAGGAAACAAUAAAUCUCGGCUACCAUGCAAUAAAUAUCUCAAGUUUUACCGAAGGAAACUAUCAUUAUAGUGAAAUAAAAAAAAAAAACUAAUAACAGUAAAGUUUAGAACAAAUCUAAAAAAUGGCUUGUUUUCUAAGAUUCUGCUACAAACGCUUUCUUUGAGGGGGAAAAAGUCAAGGAACCAAGCAGUUUUACCUGAAAUAAAGAACUAGCGUAAAGGUCAGAAGAAAGGAGCGGGUUUUUUUGUGGAGAGGCACGGACGGAGAACGCUGGCAGCACAAUGACAAUUUUCCUCUCCUUUGCCUGCCUCGCUGCCAUUGUGACUCACGUAGGGUGCAGCAACCAGCGCCGGAGUCCAGAAAACGGUGGCAGAAGAUAUAACCGGAUUCAACAUGGGCAGUGUGCCUACACUUUCAUUCUUCCAGAGCAGGACGGGAACUGUCGGGAGAGUACCACAGACCAGUACAACACUAACGCCCUGCAGAGAGAUGCUCCACACGUGGAACCGGAUUUCUCUUCCCAGAAACUUCAACAUCUGGAGCAUGUGAUGGAAAAUUAUACUCAGUGGCUGCAAAAACUCGAGAAUUACAUUGUGGAAAACAUGAAGUCGGAGAUGGCUCAGAUACAACAGAACGCGGUUCAGAACCACACGGCCACCAUGCUUGAGAUAGGAACAAGCCUCUUAUCCCAGACGGCAGAGCAGACCAGGAAACUCACAGAUGUGGAGACCCAGGUUCUAAAUCAAACAUCUCGGCUUGAAAUACAACUGCUGGAGAAUUCAUUAUCAACAUAUAAGCUAGAGAAACAACUUCUUCAACAGACAAAUGAAAUUCUAAAGAUUCAUGAGAAAAACAGUUUAUUGGAGCAUAAAAUCUUAGAAAUGGAAGGGAAACACAAGGAAGAGUUGGACACUUUAAAGGAAGAGAAGGAGAACCUGCAAGGCCUGGUUGCUCGUCAGACAUACAUAAUCCAGGAGCUGGAGAAGCAGCUGAACAGGGCCACCACCAACAAUAGCGUCCUUCAGAAGCAACAGCUGGAGCUGAUGGACACAGUCCACAACCUUGUCAACCUUUGCACCAAAGAAGGUGUUUUACUAAAGGGAGGAAAAAAAGAGGAAGAGAAACCAUUUAGAGACUGUGCAGAUGUGUACCAAGCUGGUUUUAAUAAAAGUGGAAUCUACACUAUUUAUAUUAAUAAUAUGCCAGAACCCAAAAAGGUAUUUUGCAAUAUGGAUCUUAAUGGGGGAGGUUGGACUGUCAUACAACAUCGUGAAGAUGGAAGCCUGGAUUUCCAAAGAGGCUGGAAAGAAUAUAAAAUGGGUUUUGGAAAUCCUUCUGGUGAAUAUUGGCUGGGGAAUGAGUUUAUUUUUGCCAUAACAAGUCAGAGGCAGUACACACUAAGGAUUGAGUUAAUGGAUUGGGAAGGAAACCGGGCGUAUUCACAAUACGACAGGUUCCACAUAGGAAAUGAGAAGCAAAACUACAGGUUAUAUUUGAAGGGCCACACAGGAACAGCAGGAAAGCAGAGCAGCCUGAUCUUACAUGGUGCUGAUUUCAGCACGAAAGAUGCUGAUAACGACAACUGUAUGUGCAAGUGCGCCCUCAUGCUUACAGGAGGCUGGUGGUUUGAUGCGUGUGGCCCCUCCAACCUUAACGGAAUGUUCUACACUGCUGGACAAAACCAUGGAAAAUUGAAUGGGAUAAAGUGGCACUACUUCAAAGGGCCCAGUUACUCUUUACGUUCCACAACCAUGAUGAUUCGACCUUUGGACUUUUGAAGGUACAAUGGUGGAAUCCAUUAGGAGAGCAACAAAGCACUCUGGAGCACUACCAGAUGAGACGCUGUUUUGGAAACUCCUAAAGCAAAUGAUCUUGUCUCCUUUAUGGCAAAUGGCAGUUAUGUGACGUCAGCAUGGUUCUUGACUGUGGAUUUGGAGCCUUUUGAGUUCACUGAAGUCUGUGUGGGGGGUCACCAUGUGCGUGUGGUUUGACUCCCGAGGAUGCCAUCCGCUGUCAUGCCUGAAAAGGGAAGAGACUGUUCAGCUCACUGUGCUUCAAACUACUAUGGAUCCUAACAUGGAACAAUGGUAACCAGAUGGCAAAUAUGGUUUAUUUCAUAUAAAACAAAAAAGAAAAGAAAAGAGAGAGAGAAAGAAGUGAAUGAAAAGAAAGAAUAUACCUGAAGAAUAGGAACAGGCAUGACGUAAUUCUUUGGUAAAGAUGUAUUAUACAAGUGAAAUAGUGUUAUAGCUAUGCAAACUUACUAACAAGUUCAUACUGUUGCACAAUUUUGAUAAAAAAGAAAAAAAAAAACCCUUGCAUUGUCUUCUGAGUUUGUUAAAUGGCGACAGAUUUCAAAAGCCCAAUUCCAAUGUUACACUUAAUUGUUGAUUUAAAUUAACCCAUUUCCAAGUGCAAACUCCCUGUUUAAAAGCCAUAAUGAAUUGUAUGGAGAAAAUAAUGAUGUCUUACAGAAACACACUCCAGACUGGGAUUUUUUUUGGACACAGUUUUCAGAAAAAAAGUCAUAAUCAAAUAUGAACAGAAUAGAUGAACUAUUUACUUCCCCAGGCUACAGUUUUCAUAUAUGUUUAAAAUGGAAUGAUCUUUAAAUGUAUUUAUAGCCUGUGUGACUUUUAAAGAAUGUGAAAAAUACUACAACACUCUUAAAACUCUUAGGACAAUAUACAUGCAUUUACUAUUUCCUUUGAUAUUACGUAAGAAAGCAGUUUUUGGAAUGUAUUAAGUUGAAGUAAAUUCAAGUAAACUGGAGCAGUUCAUUUUACAGUAUCUUCCUGCAUGUGUAUACAUAUGUGUAACUUCAUAAUUUUAAAAAUGUUUUCAGUCCAUUUCAGUCUUUCAUUUUUCAUGCUAUUUAAUUUUUGCCAGUUGACUGAAACAUGUUUACCAGAUUCACCAUGUUCCAGUUUCUAUAAAAAAUACAUUUGAAAUAUAUAAAAAUAAAAUUGUACAUAGCAAUGUUUAUAUUCUUGAGACACCGGUUAGCUAUUUAAUCUGGUGUAUGCAAAGUGGUCCUUAUUUGAUACAUAUGAACAUGGGUGUUCAGCAAAUCCGUAUUAUUGGUGAAAUAUGUUACUUCUCAUAUUUUUCUCGUUCAGGCUCUCUUAAGUAAUUUCUAAGAGUUUAAAAAUUAAUAUUGGAGAAAAAUUGGCAAAAUGUUCAUUCUUACAGCUAAGAAAAACAUACAAAAAAAAACUAUAGUCAUCUAAGCAAAUUUUACUGCUAACUGCUGUAAAUUCCUUUAUGAAUGUAUUCCUAUGGGAUAAUCUAUUUUAAGUAAAUUCUGGGGCACAUUUUUGUGGCAAUUUGAUAUUUCUGCAAUAUUAAGAACUGUUUUCUCCCUCUAAGCAGUUAACAUUACAAUGGUAAACAGUUUUUAAUCAAAAUAUGAGUUACUGUUAAAUGAGAAAAUUAAAAUUGAUAUUGAAUGUCCUUGCUUAGAAAAGGAAAGUUUUCUUCAAGGUGACAAAAUCAACAUUUUAGGCUUAGUAACUGUAGCUGUUAUGCCUUAGCGGCUUUCCUCCAUUUGGGAGAAUAAAGCUAUUCACAUUUUUUGAAGAAAUGUCUUUUAAAGUUUACUGUCAAGCUGUUUUUAUAUUUAUGUGUUUGUAUUCAAUCCUUUUUGCCUUACUGUGGUAACUGCUAGGUACUACGCAGAUUCCAUGUUAACCCUCUCCCUCUAAAAACCUUCUUGAUUGUUUCAAGCAAAAGAAAAUGAGUGCUUUGUUGUUUGUGUUCCAUAAUCUUUUUUAAAAAGCAAUUUUUGGACAAGGAAUAUUAUUUCUUAACCCAUAUUAUAAAACCAAAUGAAAUAAUGAGAAAACCAUGGCAUUUACUCUUUUAUCUGGGUUUGAAAAUGAAAUAUUGUUUCAAUUAUUUAUAAUAAAAUGACAUGAAAUGUUUUUUAGGAUUCCAGUAUGUGCAUUGUGUAAUGCCCACAUGUUUGUGGCAAUAUAACAUGUAUAUCCUUUGCAUUUAAUUAAAGGGCUAAGUUAAUUAGGUAUUAGAAUUUUGUCGUUAAAAUUUUAUUGCAAUAAAAUGAAUGUGGUUUC